GCACUAGAAGCCUCGUACGGCCCGGGUCAGCGCCCGGCCGGCUGCGCUCCUCCCGGCCGCUCUCCACCCGCCCCCGCCUGGCCCGGCCCGGCCCGGCGCCGACUCCGCGGCAGCCCGCCCGACGAGCCCCUCGCCGCCGCACUGCCCCGGCCCUGGCCCCGGCCCCCUCCCGCCGCACCGCCCCCGGCCCGGCCCUCGUCCCUCCUCCCUCCUCCCGCUCCCGCGCCCUCCUCCCUCCCGCCUCCCCAGCUGUCCCGUUCGCGUCAUGCCGAGCCUCCCGGCCCCGCCGGCCCCGCUGCUGCUCUUCGGGCUGCUGCUGCUGCCGCUCGGCCCCGAGCCGGCCCGCGGCGCCGGCCCUGAUCCCCCUGCGCUCCCCAUCCGUCCCGAGAAGGAGCCGUUGCCCGUUCGGGGAGCAGCAGGCUGCUCGUUCGGCGGGAAGGUCUAUGCCUUGGACGAAACGUGGCACCCGGACCUGGGGGAGCCCUUCGGGGUGAUGCGCUGCGUGCUGUGCGCCUGCGAGGCGCCCCAAUGGGCUCGCCGUGCCAGGGGGCCUGGCAGAGUCAGCUGCAAGAACAUAAAGCCCGAGUGCCCGGCCCUGGCCUGCGGGCAGCCACGGCAGCUGCCAGGACACUGUUGCCAGACCUGCCCGCAGGAACGCAGCAGUCCCGAGCGGCCACAACCGGGCCUCUCCUUUGAGUAUCCACGGGACCCGGAGCACCGCAGUUACAGCGACCGUGGGGACCCGGGCGCGGAGGACCGGGCGCGCGGUGAAGGCCACACGGACUUCGUGGCGCUGCUGACAGGGCCGAGGUCGCAGGCGGUGGCACGUGCUCGGGUCUCGCUGGUGCGCUCCAGCCUGCGCUUUUCCAUCUCCUACCGGCGGUUGGAUCGACCUACCAGGGUGCGUUUCUCAGACGCAGCUGGCAGCGUGCUGUUUGAACACCCUGCAGCCCCCACCCAAGACGGCCUGGUCUGUGGGGUGUGGCGGGCUGUGCCUCGCUUGUCUCUACGACUCCUCCGGGCAGAGCAGUUGUAUGUGGCCCUUGUGACAGCCGCUCACCCUUCAGGGGAGGUGUGGGGGCCUCUUCUGCGGCACCGAGCCUUGGCUGCAGAAACUUUCAGCGCCAUCUUGACUGUGGAGGGCUCACAGCAGCAGGGUGUAGGGGGUGUUACCCUGCUCACUCUCAGUGAUACCGAAGACUCUUUGCACUUUCUACUACUCUUCAGGGGGCUGCUGGAACCCAGGAAUGGAGGGCCAGCACAGGCACCUUUAAGGCUCCAGAUUCUGCACGAGGGACAGCUGCUGCGAGAGCUCCAGGCCAAUGGCUCAGCCCAGGACCCAGGCUUCGCUGAGGUGCUGCCCAACCUGACGCACCAGGAAAUGGACUGGCUGGCGCAGGGCGAGCUGCAAGUGGCUCUGGAGAGGACAGCUGGGCCAGAGCUGCACAUCAGUGGACAUAUAGCUGCCAGACAGAGCUGCGAUGUCCUGCAGAGCGUCCUUUGCGGGGCUGAUGCGCUGACCCCUGUCCAGACUGGGGCUGCCGGUUCAGCCAGCCUUACACUGCUAGGAAAUGGCUCUCUGAUUUACCAGGUACAAGUGGUGGGCACUGCCAGUGAAGUGGUGUCCAUGACACUGGAGACCAAGCCCCAGCGGAGGAACCAGCGCACUGUGCUGUGCCACAUGGCUGCACUCCGCACUGGAGGACAGAUGACUGUGGGCAUCUGCCCAGAGCUGGGUGCCCGAGGGGCUCACAUGCUGCUGCAGAAUGAGCUGUUCCUGAACGUGGGCACCAAGGACUUCCCAGAUGGAGAACUGCGGGGGCAUGUGGCCACCCUUCCCUAUAGUGGGCACAGUGCCCGCCAGGAGAUGCUACCUGUGCCCCUGGCAGGAGCCCUGGUAUUGCCUCCUGUGCAGAGCCAGGCAGCGGGGCAUGCCUGGCUCUCCCUGGAUGCCCAUUGUCACCUGCACUAUGAAGUUCUGCUGGCUGGUCUUGGUGGCUCAGAGCAGGGCACCGUCACUGCCCACCUCCUCGGGCCUCCUGGGAUGCCAGGCCCCCGGCGGCUGCUUAAGGGAUUCUAUGGCCCAGAGGCUCAGGGCGUGGUAAAGGACCUGGAGCCCGAGCUGCUGCGACACCUGGCCCAGGGCACUGCCUCCCUCCUCAUCUCCACCAAGGGUAGUCCGCGAGGGGAGCUUCGGGGACAGGUGCACAUUGCCAACCAGUGCGAGGUGGGCGGCCUACGUCUUGCUGCAGCUGGGGCAGAGGGGACACGGAUGCCUGGGGCUCCAAAUGUAGUACCUGCUGCAUUGCCAGCACCUCCACCGGUGCCUGCUCCCGAGGUCCCAGUGCCUGUCAAACCUGGUGGUCCAGGGCGGCCCAGAGACCCCAACAUGUGCUUCUUUGAGGGGCAGCAGCGUCCUCAUGGGGCACGCUGGGCACCCAACUACGACCCGCUCUGCUCACUCUGCACCUGCCAGAGACGGACUGUGAUCUGUGACCCUGUAGUGUGCCCAGCACCCAGGUGCCCCCACCCAGUGCAGGUGCUGGACCAGUGCUGCCCUGUGUGCCCUGAGAAGCAAGAUGUCAGAGAGCUGCCAGGGCUGCCUAGGAGCCGGGACCCGGGAGAGGGUUGCUAUUUUGAUGGUGACCGGAGCUGGCGGGCAGCAGGUACCCGGUGGCACCCCGUCGUACCCCCCUUUGGCUUAAUUAAGUGUGCCGUCUGCACCUGCAAGGGAGGCACCGGAGAGGUACACUGUGAAAAGGUGCAGUGUCCCCGGCUGGCCUGUGCCCAGCCUGUCCGUGUCAACCCUACCGACUGCUGUAAACAGUGUCCAGUGGGAUCAGGAGCCCGCCCCCAGUUGGGGGACCCCAUGCAGGCCGAUGGGCCCCGGGGCUGCCGUUUUGCAGGGCAGUGGUUUCCAGAGAGCCAGAGCUGGCAUCCAUCAGUACCCCCCUUUGGAGAGAUGAGUUGUAUCACCUGCAAAUGUGGAGCAGGGGUGCCCCAUUGCGAACGGGAUGACUGUUCAGUGCCGCUGGCCUGCGGCUCCGGGAAAGAGCGUCGCUGCUGCUCUCACUGCACACUCCGGGGCUCAGCCCCAGAGACCAGGACUGUUCCACAACUUGAGAAAGCAGCUGAGGGCUCGUAG